UGUCGCGCCCACAGCGUCCCCUCUCGGCCCGGGCGGCCCACCACGCCCCCCCGGCCUCCUCCAUGAAGGGGUACCACGUCAGCCGCAGCCUGUCCCAGCACUCUUCUGGUGGGGGAGGGGGGCACGCACACGCCCCCUCUGGACCCUGCCACUACAUGCCUGAAGAAUGUGACCCCGGCCCGGGCCCUGGCUCCGUCCGAGAGUACCACCGCCACCCCUCCGAACACUACGACGGGGCGGGGCACCCCUACUACCCCCCCGGGGGUCCACCAGAACCCCUAGCUCUGGAGCAUUGCUCCCACACCCACUCUGGUGGGGGGACGUUCCCCCGCUCCCACCCCAGCCAGCACCCCCCGACCCAGCAGUCGUACGACUCAUGUGAGGAGUGUCUGUCAACGGUGGGGAGUCACGGGGGUAAGAUGCACCGCAUGCCUCCUAACCACCAGGAUCAGUUUGAGAAGAAGCUUCCCUUCCACCCUGACGGGUUUCACACCCUGCAGUACCAGAGGAGGGCCAGCGGGGCGGAGCAGCGCAGCGAGAGCCCUUCCCGUAUCCGCCACCUGGUUCACUCAGUCCAGAAACUCUUCGCCAAGUCCCACUCCCUCGAGGCGCCGUCGAAGAGGGAAUACAAUGGCACACGAGGAGGAGGGGAACACCGGGAAAGAGGAGGAGGAGGGCCCAGGAGCGGAGGAGAGGAGGGGGGCGGCCAUAACUAUUCGGGCCACCAAUCCCGCUCGGCGAGGCGCAGCAAGUCCCGCGAGCGCUCCAAGAGUGGGGACGGGCGCCACGAAUCCUCCGGCCGGCGCCACAGGAGCCGAACGGCGGGGUGGUGGAGCUCCGACGACAACCUGGAUAGUGACAGCAGCUUCUUGGUAACCGGGGGCAACACCGGGCCAGGUGGUCGAGGUGGGGGGCGAGGGGGUUACCCCACGGGGCACGAGAGUCUGGACGCCGCUAUCCAGGAGCUGACCAUGAAGAAGCUGCCCAAGCAGGGGAGUAUACCACCAGGGCCCGGGCCGGGGGAGUGCAUGGCCUGUACCACUCUGGCCCUGGCAGGGGGGGAGGGUGGCGGAGGGGGAGUGGUAGGGCACCAUGGAGGGGCAGGGCAACACUCUCUGAAGAGGAGCACGUGGUCGGCCAUGACGGUCAGCCAGGCUAGAGAGGUGUACCCAUCGUCUGUCCGGGGUGGAGGAGGAGGAGGAGGAGGAGGAGGAGGAGGGGGUUAUGACAAGGCCUUGGUACCCCUGGACAACAAACUGAAGGAGAGGACCUAUCACUACCUACAGGUCCCCUCGGAGGGGGUGGAGUGGGGUGGUCCUGACGGAGGGGGGGAGAUCCCCUGCAGGCGCAUGCGGAGCGGCAGCUACGUCAAGGCCAUGGGAGACGACGACAGUCAGGACUCUGAUGCUAGUCCUAAAGCCUCUCCUAAAACCACCAUCAUCGCCCAGAGAGAGGCCUUCAGACGCUCUGUCAGCAUGGACCACAGGUACUCGUGUAAGCAGUGUGUAGAUGCUACCCUACCCUACGCUAACAGCCGAACCACCAGUCAUGCACGCUCUCGGAGCUACACACGCUCUCUGACCAGCUCACAGCUGGGUGACUCUCUGAAUCGUCAGUUUGAGGCGGUGUGUGAGACCAUGUUUGGAGAGAUGGAGAGUCAGGCGGUGGAAGCCUUGGAUCUGCCUGGCUGCUUCCGGACCCGUUCCCAUAGUUACGUCCGCGCCAUCCAGGCUGGCUGUUCCCAAGACGACGACUGCCUGUCUGUCUUCUCCAUGUCAGGACCCCAGGGUAGCAUCAAGGGAGGGGCUGUCUUCCCAUACCGUAAGGCUGGCCCUCCCCCUCUCCCUCCCCGUAUGUCCAAGCUUAUGACCUCUGGGGCUCAGAGCAGUACAGAGUCUACCCAGGAUACCUACUUCCAGAACACAGGCCAGCCUGCCCUGGGACGACCCAGACAACACCACAGUAACUCUGUCGACCUGGGAAUCACUGGUGUUGUGGUGUCUGGUCAGACCUCCAGGGGAGGGGGCUACUACACCGGUACAGGCCCAGGACCAGGCCGCUCCCGCCAGCACUCCAACUCAGCCGAGAGCCUGGAUGGGAUCCUCCGGGAGGGCCGGGAGCUGGUGCCCUAUGGAGGGGGAGGACAGCGGCCCACCAGAGUCAAACAUAGCGGCUCCGCGGAUAGUCUCCUGGAGGGGCCCAGGGGAAGGGAGAGGGGGGAAAGGGAUGUGGGGAGGGCAGGGGGGAGUCUGGGGAAGUCUGCCUCCCUCCCAAAGAACAGUAUGGUGCUGAGAGGAGGAGGAAGAGGAUGGAAUUGGAGGCCGUCUAUCGCUGUACAGGUGGACAGCUCUGAGACCCUGUCAGACUCGGACGCGGAGGGCAAGGCUCUGAGAGAGGUUCACUCUAUAGGGGUGCAGGUGGAGGAGGACAAGAGGCGUGCUCGGUUCAAGCGCUCCAACAGUGUGACGGCCAGCGUCCAGGCAGACCUGGAUCCAGAGGGGGGUUUCCCAGGCCUCACCAUCGCUGUUCCUACCCAGGAUAAGAGCCCCCAGUUCGGCUGCUCCUUCCAGAGACACUCCUCAGAGCCAGGGUCAGCCGAUCAGUAUGCAGAGUACCACCACAUGGUGCACACCCAGGGCCAGUGGGCCUACAGAGAAGACUACGUCCAGGAUGGUUACGAUACAGACUGCUGCGUUGCCGACCACCACCCCCACCAGAUCCCCCUCCUGCCCCCGCGGGCCCACUCCCCCCUGCCCCUCGCUGCGGACCGGGGAGGCUGGAUAGGCACACCCCAGCCCUCACUGGAGGGGGGCCCCCGGAGUCUGCCUGACUCUGGUCGCGCCUCGCCAUGUCUGAGAGAUGGAGAGUUCUUCCUACGCCUCCUUCAGAUGGAGGUGGAGAGGAUGGAGGGAUGGUGUCAGAACAUGGAGAGAGAGGCGGAGGAGAACGAGCUGCCGGAGGAGGUUCUGGAGCUGAUCCGUAACGCAGUGGGCAGUGCCCAGAUGCUCAUGUCUCAGAAGGUCCAGCAGUUCUUCCGCCUGUGCCAGCAAAGCGUGGACCCAUCAGCAUACCCCCAGCCCACCUCUCAGGACCUGUCCGGGCUGUGGGACCUGCUCCAGCUCAACAUGGAAGACGUCAGGGUCAAGUUCCAGCACCUCCAGAGGCUCAAGGACUCCGGCUGGAGGCUGCCCCCAGACAAGAAGGACAACAAUAAGCCUCCUCCCCCAUUACCAAAGAAGCCAGCAGGGGGAGUGACCGGCAGCCUCCGUGCCGACAGCGUCAGCGACCCCUCAGUAGAACGAGGCGGAGGGGUGCUGGUGGUGCCCCAUAGCGGGGGUGUGGGGCGGGCCGUGCCUGUCCGGGAGAAGUCCCUCGACCUGGGGGACAGACAGAGGACUGAGGCUCGCAGGAGACUGCUCCAGACCAAGAGGUCCGCUUCCUUCAGACAGAACUCAGCCACGGAGAGCGCAGACAGCAUCGAGAUCUACAUCCCCGAGGCUCAGACCCGGCUCUGAACAUGGAGAUACAGCCCUUUAUCCCAGUGAACAGAACCAACUCAGUCCCGACUCCUGGGACAGCCCAAAUGUAGAGAUAGAGCCCCUUAUUGGAGAGCUAUUCCACCCUAGAACAACCACAACCAUUGAGAUUUACAUCCCGAGGCUCAGACAUGCCUCUGAACACUGGGACCAUCUAAAUGUGGAGAUAUAACCUAUUUUCUGAGGACCCUAGAUUAACCACAACCCUCCCAAGUCCCUGAACUCUGCACUGAACCCCCUCAAAGACAAAAUAAGCAUAUACUGACUUUAUCAACCCCUCACUGCUGGGGAUGGAGGGUCCCAUCAUCAUGGGUAUAGAGCUAUAAAGUAGAAUCACUGUUAAGUACAGUGACAGUCACUGAAAGGUGUAGUCAUGCAAUAGUAGCAUUCUGUGCUUGCCAGUCCAUCUAUAGCAUAGCUUAGCCUAUCUUAGCUCAUCUUAGCAUAGCCUAGCCUAUCUUAGCCUGUCUUAGCAUAGCCUAGCCUAUCUUAGCAUAGCCUAUCUUAGCCUCUUAGCUCAUCUUAGCAUAGCCUAGCCUAUCUUAGCUCAUCUUAGCAUAGCCUAGCCUAUCUUAGCC